UUUAAAAACAUGUGGCUGUGUUGUGUAAGAGACCGAGUCACCCGAACAUCUCUUCCCUCACGCCAUUCUCCUACCACUCGGACCUAACCAACCAAAACCCGCCACGUCAUCGUGAAUCCGAGUUCCCGUGAGUUAGGGAUCUUUACUUGAAGGAACCAGACAUGACCGCAGAGUCACACACUCUCCCCAACCUUCAGAGUUUUUGUCGUCCCCUCGUAUGGAAUCCAUUGUGGGACGACACCAACAAAAUAUCUUCUUUUGCUUCUCCGCUUCUUCUUCUUUCUCUUCUUCUUCUUGAUCUUGAUCUUCUUCUUUCAUAAGAUAUAUUUCUCUCAGGUGGAUUUAGCUUCCCAUCUAAAUAGAAAUAAAAAGUAAAAGUUGCAAUCUUUUGGAUUUGGGAUUUGAUCUAAAGCAUUGUUUGAUCUUGCUUGAUUUCGUAAGGGACUGAGGACAAGAAGAUGGGAGGAAUGAAAGAUGAGGCCAAGAGGAUAACAAUUCCUCCAUUGUUCCCAAGGGUUCAUGUGAAUGAUACUGGAAGAGGUGGCUUGUCUCAGCCUUUUGAUGGCAAAUCAAUGUCUCUCUAUAAACGUUCCACUCUUGCUUCUCCGACCAACAAAAUCUCUGACUCUCCUUCCACUCUCUCUCUGUCUAUUCCUCCACCAUCCAACAACGCCCGAAUCACUGAUCGACCUGAAAAGAAUCAGUUUCCACCAAUCUGCAAUGCUUCUCCAGCAUCAAAGUGUGAGGGGAAGAUGAAUCAAAAAGGCAUGAAUUAUUCUAGUUCUAGAGGAUCAUCAGUUACUAAUACUAAGCCUAGUUCAAUAAAACCAAAUGAGUACCACCUCAAGAACUUUACCAACUUUGAUUCUCUUAAGGUUCCUGUUGUUAGACGCUCAGAAACAGAUCCAAAAGCAAACACAGAUUUGUCACUCCAGUUUUGUACUAGCACUAGCAGCAAAGCCGGAGGGGAAGCUGCUGGUUCCAAAGCUGCCCUAAACAAUCUUCAUAUUCGAAAACACAUUUUGCCAGAAUGUUUGGAAGAUGAAAGCCAGAAUGUGGUGAAAACUCAGCUGUAUAGAAGAAGAGCCCUUGAUGGAUUUAACAUUGAAACUCAAAAGAAGCCUAAAACUGUGUCUCCGCGUGAACAAGAUGUCUCAGACUGUUCUGUAAUAGACUCUUUGUCUGCUAUGAGUGCAUCUUCUAAUGAUGUUGCCAAAGUAAUAGGUGACAAGAGGUUUUGGAAGAUGAGAACAUAUAUGAUCAAUCAGCAGAAGAUCUUCGCAGCGCAAGUCUUUGAGAUGCAUAGACUGAUAAUGGUUCAAAAGAUGAUUGCAAAAUCUCCAAACCUGGUUCUUGAAAGUAAACAUAAUGGCGUAAAACGUGGUACAACAAGGUCAUCACAUCUUUUGGAAAUAGUGACUUCAAAGGUUAAAAAAUCAAACACUGAGAAUCACAAACAAGUAACCGAAGAUUAUCCAGAGCAUAUGAAACCAAAGCUUCCUCUACCUUCCAUAAGCAAAGACCUCGUGACCCCGAUUUGGCCACAGCAGCUGCUUCCUCCUCCUGGAAACCAAUGGUUAGUCCCUGUAAUGUCUCCUUCAGAAGGUCUAGUCUAUAAACCAUACGCAGGACCAUGUCCUCCUCCUUCUUCAGCCUUCAUGGUUCCAAUUUAUGGCCAAGAUUCGCUUGAUACAGCAUCCAGGUUCCCUGUUUCUACUCAAUUUAGCCACAACUACUUCCCAAACGUGAGGACAACACUUGAACAGACAAACCCGUUUGGUCAGUUUCAAAGAUGGUCCAGCUCAUCGAGCCAUAUGACUCAAGCCAUUCCGUUUUCAUUAAAGAAGUCUCAGGAAUCUAAUGACAGUGAGGUACAUGGAAGUACAGCUUCAAGUCCACCAGAGAAGCAUAAAUUCGAAGUGCUUCCUCUUUUCCCUACAGAGCCUACUCAUCACACUGAUGAGUACAAGGAGAAACAGCAACCACUGUUUCGCGCCAUUAAAGCCAUUCCUCAUAAUUCAACAUCUGCCUCUGAAUCUGCUGCAAGAAUCUUCCGGUCCAUUCAGGAAGAAAGGAGGGACUCAAAUCAUAUGAUUAGUUAGUUUUUUUUCCCUGACAUUCCACAU